AUGGUGAACUCAUGGCUCAGCGCCGUGUACCCCGCAUGGGCUUUGGACGAUAAGGACUUCAAACAAGCAGUCUACAACCAAUUCGACUGGGAUUAUAAAGGCCGCACUCCCUUCAUUUCCUGCUUUUCAGACAAAGACUUCGCCAUCAAGUGGGCCUGUAAAAUCAUGAGAUCUUCACGGAGAUGUUCACAGAAACAGGAAUUCAUCGAUUGUAUGGAUAUUCGGACUCCCGAUAGGGCGGAGGAAGUUUGCAAACCAGGGGCCUAUAUCUGUUUACAUAGCAUUCCUUCUGGCGCAAUUGUUGAGGCAGAGAAAUGGAAUGAAUCCUCGCGGAGCAUCAAAAUCCCCUCUAUAGCGCCAUCAUGUCGUCCAAGCAACACCAAUAUGGUCGAAUAUCGGGAUGAUCAGAUAGCAAAGGAUUCUGAGUAGAUGGAGAAGCAUACUAGACUUUUCGAAUCGUUGUCGAGAUUUCUGACAUCUCUCUCUCUCUUGAACUACGCAAGGCGACACAUUCUCUUUCAUCAUCUUCAGACAAUGUAUUUCAUUUGAUGGAUAUAGAGAAGCGGCCCUCGUUCCCGAACGCCAUGACCAUGGUUGCCGAAGCUCUUGAGUCUUGGGGCUCUGUGUUGGGUGUUGUGACCAAGGAUAACAACAAGAAGACUUGGGGGGAACAUUCUCGAGGAAGUGACAAGAGGUCUGGAGCCCGUUGUUCCGAGGUUAGACGAAGCAAGGCUUUGUUGGGGAGUAUUUGAGGAGUCUGUGGAUCUUACCAUUGGUAUGGGAAGGGGGGGGGGCUCUCUUUGAAAACACAUGAUGCGUGAGUCUCAGAUAUACAUCGGAGACUGUGAAAUAUAUGGGAGUCCACCGACACAGGACUCAUCACAUUCACUUAAACACGAAUGAUGGCCAGCGUCGAGUCCAGUUUGGAUUAGAUCCUUGCGAUCCACAGGGACGGGAUCAGGAGACCGCUCCACUUAAAUUUGCAACUCAUGCAGGUGUAGUAGAUGCAGGCGAUGUCCGCCUAUCUAGGUGCAAUAUCCCG